GGCGGCCCUUUUCCUCCCUCCCUCGGGGUGAGGCCGGGGGGAGGAGGCUCCAGGUCCGGACACUGAGCCAGGAGAGACCGGGGACCGAGGCCCCAGAGCAGGCCGCAGCACGGGGAGCGCAGGGUGUACAGGUCCGGCAGCAAGAUGAUGAGAUUCAUGCUGCUUUUUAGCCGGCAGGGUAAGCUCCGGUUACAGAAGUGGUAUUUGGCUACGUCGGAGAGGGAAAAGAAAAAGUUGGUGCGAGAUCUCAUGCAGACCGUUCUGAGCCGGAAACCCAAGAUGUGUAGCUUCCUCGAAUGGAAGGAUCUAAAGGUGGUCUACAAAAGAUACGCCAGCCUGUAUUUCUGCUGUGCAGUAGAAGAUCAGGAUAACGAGCUUCUGACCCUGGAGCUAAUUCACCGAUAUGUCGAGCUGCUGGACAAAUAUUUUGGCAGCGUAUGUGAACUGGAUAUCAUCUUUAACUUUGAGAAGGCAUAUUUCAUUUUGGAUGAAUUCCUGAUGGGGGGUGAAAUACAAGAUACGUCGAAAAAAAGUGUCCUAAAAGCGAUUGAGCAAUCUGACAUGCUACAGGAGGAGGAUGAGUCACCGCGCAGCGUUCUGGAGGAGAUGGGACUUGCUUGAUACACAGAUGCAACCACCUCUUUUUAUUUUUUUUAUUUUUUUACCCCACCUCCUGCAACACUUUUGAAUACACCCCAUUUGAAUACAAGAACAGUCCCUCCUCCUCACCCAAUCAGUGAAACCUUUCACCCCCCUCUAUGUAUUCCAAAUGCAAGCCCACUGACCACUGCCUGCUAGCUAUUAUCUAGAAGUGUGUGUCACUGUGCAGAGCUUGUGUUAAUCUGCUUGUAUUGGGUUUAUUUAAAUGCAAAUAGAAAAAGGGACCAAUCACUUUAGGUGUUGCUACCCUCAUUCGAUCCAGAUCUCUGGGUGCUCUACCAGCAUACAGUCAAAUCCUCAUGUCUGACUAGCUGAGCACCAUGGUGUCUGGAGUAAGUGAUCUGUCACAUUCUCUGUCAGCACAACUUUAAAUAUCCAUCUCAACUCUUCUAGAGUCUACACACUCACAGGCUCUGUUGCAUAGAUGAUCACGUGCUGGUGCACACUUCCCCUCUCUCGCGUCAAGCUGAUUUGCACACAUGGUGAUGGGCACUUGUCUGUACAUUCUGUGCUCUCUUAUCUAGUUACUCUGUAACCCAUGCUCUGUGAACAGAGUAGAGCUUGGGCGAGGGGUGGCAUGAGGGUCCCUCUCUUUAAUUCUUGAUCACACUCAUUACUCCUGCCACUGUCAGUCACAAGGGUCUCUUUCUCUUGCACGUUCUUCUGGAAUUAAACAUGGGUGCUGCUAACUGAA